AUGACCGAUCACCACCCCCGGUUCGACCAAAUCCGGUCCACUUCCCAGAUCCUCAAACAAACCGCCGUGCAUAUCACCGCCCACUCUUUCACAUUCCUUUCCCUCGCUUUUCUCCUCUUCUCUUUCCGUUCGUUAGUCGAAUCCGGUUCCCUCCUCACUUCCUUUAUCGACAAUGACCUCGCUCUCAAAUCCCUUCUUUCCCGCCUCGAUUUUCCCCUUUCCCACCCGCACGCGCGUCUUCACCCCGCUCACCGUCACACGCGCCGUCCUUUCCUUCACCUCACCCGUGUCGGUACUCUCGACGAUGACUUAUUUUCUUCCGACGACGAUCACUCGGACCGCUCCCUCUUCGGUUCUUACCCAAAUCGUCCUAUCAAUGGCACGCCAUUGAUUCUUUCCAACUUCGACCCUCAAUUGGGGUUCUCGCGUUUAGUAACGGAUAACGGGAUUGUGUUGCCGGAAAUUGUUCGUUACGGAAUCAAAUUCAAGACUACGUCGUUCGAAUAUGAAAAGAAUGAAGGGGAACAACAAGAGGAAAGGAGUGAGGAUGUUCGGUUCGUUUAUACAAGAUUGGGCCGUCAAGAUGCAGCGACGCUCUUUUUUCUUGUCAGCUUGUUAUCGUUUUCGUAUGGAUGGGACGCCUUUUUCGUUUUAAUGAAAUGGGCGGUAAGGGACGCGGUGACUCAGCUUCUUGGGUUAUGGUAUUUCGGAGAAAUUGAUUAUCACUACUCGAUUUUCAAGCUUUUUGUUAGGCUAAAGUUGAUGCCUUUUUCGGGCAUCUCUCCUUGGAUUAGGGGUUUCGAUAAGGAUAUUUCAGGGUUUUUGUUUACAUGGUUCUUGGUGGAUACCUUAGUUUCAUUUGUAUUCUCAUUAGCUGCUUGGAUUGCCAUUCUGGAUUUGAGAAGAACUGGGAGGGAAAUUAUUAGAGAAGGUUUUUAUUUGAUGUCAACACUGUUGAGCCAAGCGAUUCAGAUCAAGUUCUACGAAGCUAUCUUAGGUGGUUCUUUUGCUACGUGGGUUUUGACUUUUAUAGGCGGGGAAGUUUUUGCUACUGCUGUUCAGGCGACUUUGGAGGUGUAUUUCAUGGUUGCUUGGUUGAUAUUCUACUUUGUGGCGAGGUGUAGGGAAGCUGAUGCAGAGGGUAGGAGGUAUGGUAGGAGGGAGUUGGAGGUUUUGAUCGAUGGACUUAGAUGA